AUGGCGGCACCGGUAGCACGCUACAGGCUCAUCUUCCACGCGCCGCUCACUGCGGUGGCGGCGUGCAAGCAGGCCAUCUUCGCAGCGGGUGCUGGUAGGUACCCGAACUACAGUGAGUGCUCCUUCACGGUGGUGGGCACUGGCCAGUUCAGACCGGGCGACGCUGCGAAUCCACACAUCGGCAAGGUGGGCGCGCUCGAGGAGGUGCAGGAGGCCAAGGUGGAGACGCUCUGUGUCGGGGAGGAGACGACCAGGAAGGCCGUAGAGGCUUUGAAGAAGUGA